AUGAUAAGAUACAAAAAUUAUUUUUAGAAUAAAGAAGAAGCUCUCGAUCUUGAUCAUAAGAAAGAUAAUCAUGUAAAAGACAUAUAUUCUACUUUAGAAAAAUGUGCUAAUUGCUCAAUUUUGAAACUUGAUCUUGAGGGUAGUGUAAUUGAUGCAAUUAGUACAUCGUACUUAGGUUCUUCUUUAGGAAAAUGCACUAAUCUAUCAAAUUUGAUGCUUAAUCUUAACUUCGGUUGUAUUGGUGAUUAAGGUGUAUAAGACUUAGGUUCUGGUUUAAGAAAGUGUGCUAAUCUCUCAAAUUUGGCACUUUGUCUUCAAAACAAUUAAAUCUCUGGUGUAGGUGCAUCAGGCUUAGGUUCUGAUUUAGGAUAGUGCACUAAUCUCUCAAAUAUGGAACUUUGUCUUUCAGAAAAUUAAAUUGGUGAUAAAGGUGCAUCAGGCAUAGGCUUUUGUUUAAGAAAAUGCACUAAUCUCUAAAAUUUAACACUUGAUCUUGUUAAUAAUAAUAUUCGUGCAAAUGGUGCAUCAGGUUUAGGCUCUGGCUUAGGAAAGUGCACUAACCUCUCAAAUUUAAAACUUCAAAUUCAUGAAAAUCAAAUCGGUGAAGAAGGUGCAUCAGGCUUAGGUUUUGGUUUAGGAUAGUGCACUAGUCUCUAAAAUUUGAAAAUUCGUCUUGAGGUUAAUGAAAUUGGUAAAGGUGCAUCAGGCUUAGGUUCUGGUUUAGGAUAAUCCACUAAUCUCUCAAGUUUGACACUUCAUCUUUGGGGAAAUAAAAUUGGUGAUCAAGGUUCAUCAGGCUUUGGUUUUGGUUUAGGAUAAAGCACUAAUAUAUCAAGUUUGAUUCUUGAUCUUAUGAAAAACUAAAUUGGUGUAAUUGGUGCGUAAGGCUUAGGCUCUGGUUUAGGAAAGUGCACUAAUCUCUCAAAUUUAACACUUAACCUUAAUUUUAAUUAAAUUGGCGCUAUUGGGGCAUCAGGCUUAGGUUCUGAUUUAGGAAAAUGCACUAACCUCUCAAAUUUAACACUUAAUCUUAAUUAGAAUGAAAUAGGUGAUGCAGGUGCAUCAGGCUUAGGUUCUGGUUUAGGAAAGUUCACUAAUCUCUCAAAUUUGACACUUAAUCUUUGUUAUAAUGAAAUUGGUGCAACUGGAGCAUCAAGCUUAGGUUCUAAUUUAGGAAAAUGCACUAAAAUCUCAAAUUUGAUGCUUAAUCUUGAAGGUAAUCAAAUUGGUGAUGUAGGUGCAUUAGGCUUAGUUUCUGGUUUAAGAGAGUGCACUAAUCUAUCAAAUUUGGCACUUCGUCUUAAUUAGAACGAAAUUGGUGAUGCUGGUGCAUUAGGCUUAGUUUCUAGCCUAAGAGAGUGCACUUAUAUAUCAAAUUUGAUGCUUCAUCUUGAUAAAAAUAAUAUUCAUCAAAUUGGUGCAUCAAGCUUAGGCUCUUGUUUAGGAGAGUUCACUAAUCUAUCAAAUUUAGCACUUUAUCUUAGGACUAAUGAAAUUGAUGCAACUGGUGCAUCAGACUUGGGUUCUGGUUUAGGGAAAUGCACUAAUCUCUCAAAUUUAACACUUCAUCUUUCUUAUGACGAAAUUGGUGAUGUAGGUGCACUAGGCUUAGUUUCUGGUUUAAGAGAGUGUACUAAUCUAUUAAAUUUGAUCCUUCUUCUUGAGAUCUAAAAAUAUGAUAAACCAUAAUUAUUGAAAGUAAGAAGCAAAUCACUCAAAUCAAAAAGAUUAGUUAUCUUAAAGAUAGAGCAUUGGUGA